AUGUCGAAGCCUCAGGUUGCACUUCGGGAUUCGAGAGUUGAAAAAGACGAUUGGAUUUCAGCCGUGGUCUCCAAAAAGAAAUGCAUGAUUGGAGCAAUUGUUGUUAAAAGGAUGGCUGUGGAUGUGGAUGUAGUUGGUGGUCUCGUCUAUUUUUCCUCAGUAAGCUUAGUGGUACAUGAUGAGACUAGAGUGGGAUUAGGUCGAGACUUCUUCUGUUCUGAGUUUUGUGGGCGAGAGAUCACAGCUUUUGAGUGUCUCUAG